UAUUAUCGAAAUCAUAGAGCUCAAUUCUAUUUAAAAAAAAAAAAAAGUUGAAGAGAUAGUGGCAUAUGGGUAAAUAAAAGGUGUAGGCCGGGAUGAAAAAGGAACGCAACCAUCCGCCUUUAAAAUAAGCAGCGACGAUCUCUGAUUUCACUCAAACGCUUCCAAUUUUUCGAAUUGAAGGAACGGUUUGCAACUGAGGAGCAGGACGAACUACCCGAGAUCCACUGCCAAACUAUGGCCAUAUGCUAAUGCUGUGUGGUAUGGGCUGGCUGGAAUAUGUUUUUACAGGACGGGCAUAAUUCGGAAGAGUCAAAGCAAAGCACUGCUGAUAUGACUGUUUUUGUGCAAAACCUUCUUCAACAAAUGCAAUCCAGGUUUCAAACAAUGUCUGAUUCCAUUAUCACAAAGAUUGAUGAAAUGGGAAACCGUAUAAAUGAGCUGGAGCAGAGCAUCAAUGACCUAAAAGCGGAGAUGGGAGUGGAGGGCUCUCCAUCCCCUUUAGCCUCAUCAAAGCAAAAGUCGGAUGAAUCAAAGCAAGAUGAAGGCUCAGCAUAAAACCUGGCCAAAGAUUGUUUUUAGCAGCUGGUUAUGAUUGUAAUUGGUGAUAACUUGUUUUAUUUGAGACUACUACUGGCAGGAGAUUAGGGGCAUUACUGCAUGGCCCCCUUUUCCAUUUUUAUUUGUACUAAGUAUUUCUUCUGUGAUCUGGGAGAAAGAAUUAUCUGCUUUCAACACCUAUAGAUGCACUGGUUGUUUGGCAAUUUAUAGAGGGAAUUAAUGAAUGUGAGGUGGUUUGUUGUUAA